AUGACGGCGCUUCGCUUUGUCAAAUCUGUUUGGGAGUCCUUCCGGGCGACUUCGGGGCUCGAGCCUCGGCUAUUGGACGGUCUCCGCGUAACAGCCGCGAAGCCGGGUACAGUAAACUUUGAGCUGGACAUUCAGAAAGAGCAUACAAACCGCCUUAACAUUCUACAUGGAGGUACAAUCGCUAGCAUGGUUGAUCUCGGCGGCUCGUUGGCUGUUGCAUCGCGUGGACUAUAUGCUACGGGCGUGUCAACCGAUCUUAAUGUAACAUACCUCAGUUCUGGUGGGAAAGUGGGGGACAAGAUUCUAGCGGAGGUGACCUGCGAUAAAUUCGGCAAGACCCUCGCGUAUACCUCCAUCAGGUUCAUGAACUGCAAUGGUGAUGUUUUCGCUAGAGGAAGCCACACAAAAUACGUCGCUCUUGCAUGGAAAGACCCUAAGAACAUUGUCGAGGAACUAAGCAGCCGCAAAUCGCCGUAA